AUGCAGGCGUACAAGUCACAGUACGACGCCCUCGCCAAGCACGAGGCCGGAAGUAAAGUGAAAUAUAUCUGGCUUCACCUACUCGCCCUCUACUUCCCGCACGAAAAGGGAUUUGGCAUCCUAACCCAGGACUGGCCCUGCGAAGGCAGUCUCGACCUCUCCAUCGCAUACCUCGCACCCUGCACGUCCGAUACCCGAGAUCUGCGCCACCAGCCGAAGAAUAUGUUCUUCCUCACCUCCGAGAACCGUGAACACGAGGAUAAUCCCGAGACCCUGGACCGCAUCCUGAAGAAGUUCACCAAGAAGAUGAAGAAGCUGACCAUCAAGGAUCAGCAUGACAAGAUCCUGUGUGCGGCUGUUGCCACUGGUACCCAUGUUCGUUUCUUCUGGCUCGAGGUCGGACACGAGGAGCUGACGGAGGGCGACUUCGGUGCAUACCUGGAGCUUGAGGUGCACGAGAAGGCGAUCAACUUAAUCCUGGAACAGUUCAACUAUGAUCUGGUUGGCCAAUGGGGGCUGGUUUGA